GUCGCCAUUUUGGAUUAGCGAAGUAAGUGUUUGACGUUUGGUGGAAAACGGGAAAGAUUUGCGAAAAAAUGCCGGUCAGGGUGGAUAUCACACCUCCCCCACCGGCAAAUUCGAAACAACCGGGUGUGACAAAGUCGUUGCUGUACAACGGAUCCAAAUUCCAGGGGUUCCAGAAGUCCAAAGGCAAUAGUUACGAAGUCGAAGUUGUUUUGCAGCAUGUCGAUGAGGAAAAUUCGUAUUUAUGCGGAUACUUGCAAAUCAACGGGCUCACUGAUGAAUAUCCAAAACUGACCACUUUCUUUGACGGAGAAAUUAUUAGCCAAAAGUACCCCUUUCUUACCAGAAAAUGGGAUGCCGAUGAAGAUGUAGAUAGGAAACACUGGAGUAAAUUCUCAUUAUUUAGUCAAUAUGCCAAAACGUUCAACUCGGACACUUUCGAUUAUAAAGCACUUGCGGAUACGGAUUAUGUUUUCAUGAGGUGGAAAGAGCACUUUUUGGUACCUGACCAUACAAUUAAAGAUAUCAGUGGCGCAUCCUUUGCCGGUUUCUACUAUAUCUGUUUCCAAAAAUCCAAGGCUACCAUCGAAGGCUACUAUUAUCACAGGAGUUCGGAAUGGUUCCAAUCUUUAAAUUUGACACAUGUGCCUGAAAACAGUAUACAAAUCUACGAGUUUAGGUAAAAUGAAAGUGUAAAAAAAAUUUCACAAUUUUUUUUUCUUUUCGGAGUAUUACACAUACACUUAUUUUGCAAUAGCCGAUAGUUACUAACACAUCAACAACUUUAUUUUACAAACCUUCGUUUCUAUUAUGUGAACUAACCGUGCUUCGGCAAGGUGUUUUUAUUUGAACCGUUUUAAUAUCCGUGGCGACUCGUUAAUUACAUGUGUAAAAAUAGACGUAUACUGCUUUCAUCAUCUAAAAACACUUUGCCCUCAAAAGAACUCUUAUUCAUUAUAACUAAUUGUAUAUAUUGGCCUGGUCGAAAUUAUUAGGGGAGUUUUCGUAGAUAGGAAAUGCUUUUAAUUUUUCCAGCGUUGG